CAGGACUGUACAGGGUAAGGUACUAAUGUAUCUCUUUUACCUGGUUUUUGGUCACGGGUAUCAACACCAGGAAAAAUGUAUUGUUCCUAAUUGCCUCGUUGAUUAUUGUCGAUGCCAUGGUAAAACAGUGGUAGGUCAUGUUCUUGCUUUUCUUUCCGCGAAGGAGCAAAAUAAUGCAUGGUACGGGAGUGGGUGUACAAGUACUCGAUCUCCGUACCAGCGUCCAACAUUUCCAAGCCGAGGUUGUUUUGGUGAAUGCAGAACCUUACCACUUAUUUGAGUAGAUUGAGAGCCUGACUUUGAAUUUCCCUCCCUACAACAACCUACAAUGUUAUAGCACCUCUCACGCUCCUUCGCUUCCUCUUCCAGACCAUCCUCGCGCCUCUCGGCCCUUGCUACCAUGGCGCCAACAUUCGCCGACGUCGUCCCCGUCAAACAAAUCUCCUCGCACCAGUACACACUGACCCUCGAGGAUGGGUGGUGUAUAGGGACAGGUACACACCCUUCUCUCUUUCCCCAAUGGCGGCUACGUGACAUCAGCCUUCCUCGUCGUCGCUCGGACGCACAUGUCCCUGACGCACCCUCGCCGCUCCGAACCACAUCCCGUCAACCUCCACCUCGAAUUCCUUCGUCGCACCUCCGUCGGCCCAGCCCGUUUCACCGUCAGAGACGUCAAACUGGGCAGCCGCAUAUCAAAUCUGCACGUGGUGCUCUCCCAAUCCUCGAACCCCGCCGACCCUGCAUCACCCUACAUAGACAAAGCAGAAGGCUACAUAACCAUGAGCAACAUCCGUACUGAAUCGGGCCUCUCGCUCCCGACGGCCUACAGCCUCUACCCUCCCCCACUGCCCGUCGAUCUCCCGACCCUCGCGCAAGCCGGUCGCGACGUGAACUACACUUCGCGCCCGAGGGAUCCAUUCCCACAAUUCCGCCGCGCGGCACAGAAUAUGCAAAUGUUCCUCGUCCGGCCUGCGAGGCGUCCCGACAACCACCCCAAGGCCAUGAACGACCAGUGGGUGCGACUGGCGCUCAACAAGACGCCCACGGGACGGUGGACGAACGACGCGCUCGGCUUCCUGGUCGACAUGUUCCCCCAGAUCGUGGAGAAAUACGUCAACCCGCACAUCGAGGAGGCCGCGCUGGGCCAGCAGUCGGACGACGAGGCGAACGCCUGGAAAGAAAAAGAUCCCGGUGCGAGGGCGAAGUACUGGUACCCCACGCUCGCGCUCAACCUGGACGUCAAGAAACUUUUGCCCGAAGAGGGCGUGGAGUGGUUGUUCGUUCGGGUCAAGGCCAAAGCCAUCAGGAACGGUAGAUUUGACCUGGACGUCGAGGUCUGGGACACGGACAACGAGCUGGUGGCGACGAGUUCCCACGCCAGUCUUGUUGUGGAUUCUUCGAGAAACACCACGAGAGGCGCAAAGAAGUCGCCAAAGCUAUGACGAUUUGAUCCAGAAGAAAGAACCAAUGUCUCGGCUAGAUUACAUUUAGAACGUCUCCUGUCACAUGUGCUAGAUUUAUAGAGUCACCGAGUAAGACUCUAGUCCUGAUAUAGAGGAACGAUAAGAGUAGGGAUGUGACCAAGAUACCCAUUUUACUUUCAAGCAUAUUAUAUUACGCGGGUUUUUAUUUAGUGGCAUGUAGCCAAUUCCAGGUCCAUCUUCCUCCCUCGUGAACUCAUCUUCAUUACAACAGGCCUGGCAUUCCUUGCACG